AUGGGGACCCUCAGCUGCGACCCAGCGGCCAGGUUGGCCACAGUACCCCUGGCCCGGCGGGUGGCUGAGGGCCACAUUCCAGAGACCGGGCUGAGGAAGUCCUGUGGAAUGGUCACCCUGGAGAAUGGCUCCGGACCUGGCUUGUACGUUCUUCCGUCCACCGUUGGUUAUGUCAACCACGACUGCACCAAGACAGCCAGUCCCGCCUACUCACUUGCUCAGCGGCCCAGUGAAGCACCUCUUCAGGAUUCCAGCCCAGGACCCGUGUAUUUCUUGGACCCCAGAGUUACUCGCUUUGGUCGUAGCUGUCCCCCUGCCUACUCCAUGCAGGGCCGGGGCAAGAUUCGAGGUCUGGAGGUGACACCAGGCCCUGGGGCCUACAGCCCAGAGAAGGCUCCCCCGGUUCACCAGCGGAACCCCCCAGCUUUCACUCUGGGCUCCCGCCUCCGACAGAAGCUCCCAGAUGCCUCUUUUCCUGCCCCCAAUGCCUACAGCAUGCCAUCCCUCUGGGGAUCGCAGAUCUUUAUCAAACCUAGCAGCCCCAGCUUCACAGUUGUGGGCCGCAGGCCCCCAGCACGCCCUGCUCAGGAUCCCUCAGAGAUUCCAGGCCCUGGGCAGUAUGAGACUCCUGACCCCAACACCUACCGACAGCGUAGGCCGGCUUUCAGCAUACUGGGGAGACCCCGAGCCCCUCGGCCCCUGGAGGAGACACCUGGUCCUGGUACUCACAACCCAGAGAAGGUCACCGUGAACCGGGCCCGGGCCCCAGCAUACUCUAUGGGAAUCCGUCACUCAAAGCGGGUAUCUACAGUGGCAGGGGACACCAAAUGCUGA